AUGGGCACGAUUUCACAAGAUCAUGCCAAGUUGGACUCAGACACAAUUGUAGAUGCCAUUAGGCCGUUGGUUGAAGAAGACCCUUCGAUAAAGGUGAAGUAUGUUAUUGUAGAAGUUCAAGGCAGGUUCAACUACACUGUGAGUUACCACAAGGCUUGGUUGGUAAAGCAGAAAGCUGUCGCAAAAGUUUUUGGUGAUUGGAAAGUUUCUUACCAGACUCUACCAAUAUGGAUGAAAGCAAUGACAGUGAAGAUGUCAGGGUCUCGUGUUCAAAUUAAAACGCUCCCUGUUUACCGUGAGAGUGAGAAUGUUCAAGGUGUAAGAGUUCUACACCGCAUUUUUUGGGGCUUCUAUACGUGUAUUGCAGCAUUCAGACACUGCAAGCCACCGGUACAGGUUGAUGGCAUGCACCUGUAUAGAAAAUAUAAAGGUGCACUUCUGGUAGUGGUUGCACAAGAUGGAAAUCAAAACAUUGUGCCUAUUGCAUUUGCGAUUGUCAAGGGCGAGACAGCAGACGCGUUGGAUUUUUUCCUAACCAAUUUGCGGAGAUAUGUUGUCACUAUUGAUAGUGUGAGUAUUAUUUCUGACCGCCAUACCUCCAUCGACGCUGCAAUAGCUCGCAGUAACGGUGCAUGGUCACCACAAAGGACGUGGCACAUGUAUUGCACCAGGCACAUCGGGUCCAACUUCUUAUGGAAGUUCAAGGCUCCAUAUUUGCAUAAACUCAUGGUGAACACAGGUAUUUCAACUUGCUGUUAUGGUUAUAUUCAUAGUAAAUUUGUGGCAUCUGCUUAUGAUUAA